AUGGAUGGGGUAAAGGCCUCUCUCGUCUUUGGGGGUAUGCUGGUGGUAGGCCUACUGGUUUCAGUUACUUCCGGACUGUCGCCACCUACCAUUGUUUCCAACGAAGAAGAGUUCGUCCUGCAGCCCAAUUCCGUGUUCAACAUAAGCUGUACCGGUAAAAGAAACGUCGUUUGGGCUGAACCCCUGCCGAAAAACACCUUCGUUUACCCGGGAUACUACACGGCGACACUUUUCAUUUUCAACGCAACUGUAGAAAACACCGGCUACUACAUGUGCACCUAUCAAACACAGGAGGGUGACCUGGAGGACGAACCGGAAGAUGACAAUGAGGCCGGAAUAUAUGUCUUCGUCCCAGAUGCCCAGGCUCCCUUCGUCCCAGAAACCCCUGAAAACUUGGUAGUUCCAAUGGAGACACAUGGGGUCCCCAUCUCCUGCCGUGUGUCAGACCCCAACUCCCAUGUCACCCUGAGGAGUGUCCCCAGUGGAGAGGACAUGUCUGCCUUCUAUGACCACAAAAUGGGCUUCUUUGGAAGUCUCUCGCCUGGGCAGUACCAGUGUGAAACCUCAGUGAACGGCCACUCUAUCAGAAGUGUUAUUUACACUGUGGAGACUGAGGUCCCUGCUGAGAUGGACAAUUUCGACGUGGAAGUGAAGGCCAGUGAGGAGACGGUGAGAGCAGGGCAGUCCUUUAACAUCACGUGUGUCGCUCCCAUUGGACAGGACUUUCAGCAGCAGUGGCUCCAUCCCAAAAAACAGGCUAUGGGUGCAGUUCAGAUAAAAGAAACCUCUCUUGACGGGGUCAUCUACACCCUCAGUAUCCCAAAAGCCACCUCUCAGGACAGCGGCAGCUACGAGUGCUCCGUCACCCACAUCAUCAGCGGCGAGGUCAGAGUCAGCAGUGUGGCUGUCACUGUCUUUGAAGAAAACUUCUUUGUGGCAGUGGAUCACAGCGGGAUUCAAACAUCAGAAUUUGUCAGCCUCUUAGAGGAGACAGAGUAUACCAUCCUCAUUAAUGCCUACCCAAACCCUAAAGUGUCGUGGCUGAAAGACGGCAAAGCCAUGCCACAGACCUACUACAUCUUCACCAAAACAAGCCACCUCGAAGGAAAUCGGUAUCAAAGCAUUCUGACAUUACGGCAGCCUUUGGUGAAAGACAACGGGAAUUAUACCAUCACAGCCAUCAGUGGCUCUCGCACUGCUCACUUCUCCUUUACCCUCAAAGUGAAAGCUCCCACUGCAAUGAUGUUCCCACCAUCCUCGGGCCCUGUGCUGCUGCCACAGGUGGAGGAGAUGGUGGUGCCCCUCCACACUCCUUUCACCUUGACCUGUCGGGGAGAGGCAAAACUAGCCUGGGAUACGCCGCUGGAUGUGCACGAGCAAACACAAGAGGACAACAGCGGCCUUUUUGUCACCACCAUCACUGUGGACAACGCCAGUGCAAUGCACACUGGCUACUACACCUGCUUCUACACCAGAAAUACCACUGAGGACACAGAGGACAGCAGCAUCUACAUCUAUGUGCCAGAUCCAGACGUUCCCUUUGUGCCCUCCUCGGUUCCUUUUGGCAACCAUGUGCUGUCGGACCAAGAGGAGAUGGAGAUUCAAUGCAGGGUGUCUGAUCCCAGUACUAACGUGACCCUGGUUAACGUUGACACCCAGCUACCUGUGCCCAGCUUUUAUGACAGCAAGAGGGGCGCUUUGGGAGUAUUCACUGCUGGUACCUACGUCUGUAAGGCUCUAGUAAACGGAGAGGAACACGACAGCGAGGAAUACAUCGUACAAGGCUGGAAAGGUGGCGCUGCACUGCAUGUUGAGCUGACAGCCAAACGCACUGCUCUGCUUGUGGGAGAAACCAUCACAGUGAACUGUCUGGCUAGGGGAUCUGAGAUUCUGGAAGACCACUGGAAAUACCCUGGAAUACUGACUAAUCGUGCUAUCAAGACAGUGCAUGAGAACAAGAGGGAUCAGGAGAUUCUUUACACCCUGACAAUCCAAAAGGCCUCAAUCAAGGACAACGGCAUCUACUCCUGCUCCAUCACUGAUAUCAUCAGUAACGACAGCCAGAUAAAGGAACUAGCCAUUCGAGUUUUUGCAAGUAGGUUUUUGUCCAUCACACCGGAGUUCGGGGAAUAUGAAUCGGCAGAGCUGGAUGAGGUUCGGGAGUUCAGGGCUGAAAUCAGUGCUUUCCCCAGUGCGCAUGUCACCUGGCUGAAGGACGGCAUUCCACUGAGCGACGUGACGGCGGAGAUCACCACCAGCCUCCGGCAGCUCAGCGAGACCAGCUACUUGAGUGUUCUUACCCUGAUCCGGGCCAAAGAGGAGGACAGCGGGAACUACACCAUCCGAGUGGAAAAUGGAGAACAUGUUCGUGACGUCGGGUUAAACCUGGAGGUCAAAGUUCCUGCAGUUAUUCUGGACCUGAUGGACAUCCACCAUGGCUCAGCCAAAGGCCAGGCUGUGGUGUGCAUAACCAGAGGGCAGCCCACUCCUGUGGUGGAGUGGUUCGUCUGCAAGAACAUCAAACACUGUGCCAAUGACUCGUCUUCCUGGGUGCCCCUCCCCGCCAACUCCACGGGGAUCACAAUGGAUUCGCGCUUUAACGAGGAAAAUAACCUGGAGAGUCAAGUCAUGUUUGGUCAUCUGGAAAGCACGCUGGCGGUGCGCUGCCUCGCCAGGAACGAAAUGGCCACCGUCAGCAGGGAGGUCAAACUGGUGUCCAAUGGCCCUCACCCAGAGCUGACUGUAGCUGCUGCUGUGCUGGUGCUCCUGGUCAUUGUCAUCAUCUCACUCAUUGUCUUGGUUAUUAUCUGGAAACAGAAACCACGGUAUGAGAUCCGCUGGAGGGUCAUAGAGUCUGUGAGCCCAGACGGCCAUGAGUACAUCUAUGUGGAUCCCAUGCAGCUUCCCUACGACUCCAGAUGGGAAUUCCCCCGUGACAGACUUGUGCUCGGUCGUAUCCUUGGCUCUGGAGCCUUUGGGAAGGUGGUCGAGGGCACUGCUUACGGACUCAGCCGCUCCCAACCUGUCAUGAAGGUGGCAGUGAAAAUGCUGAAACCCACGGCCCGCUCCAGUGAGAAACAGGCCCUGAUGUCUGAACUGAAGAUCAUGACUCAUCUUGGACCACAUCUCAACAUUGUUAACCUCCUGGGAGCGUGCACCAAGUCAGGCCCUAUCUACAUUAUCACUGAAUACUGCUUCUACGGGGACUUGGUCAACCAUCUGCACAAGAACAGGGAGAACUUCAUCAGCCUGAACCCAGAGAAAAGUAAAAAAGAGAUGGAUAUCUUUGGAAUCAACCCAGUGGAUGAGAGCAGCAGGAGCUAUGUGAUUCUGUCCUUUGAGAGCAAAGGAGACUACAUGGAUAUGAAGCAGAGUGACAACACUCAGUAUGUUCCCAUGCUGGAGAUGAACAAUGCCUCUAAGUACUCAGACAUCCAGAAAUCUGACUAUGACCACCCUCCCUCUCAGAAAGAGGGCGAGAUGGACGACCUGAUGUCAGAGGACAUUAACGAGGGCCUCACCACCACAGAUCUGCUCAGUUUUACUUACCAAGUGGCCAAAGGCAUGGAGUUCCUGUCUUCCAAAAAUUGUGUGCAUCGGGACCUCGCUGCCAGGAAUGUCCUCCUCUCUCAGGGCAAGAUAGUGAAGAUCUGUGACUUCGGACUGGCCCGAGACAUCAUGCAUGACAACAACUAUGUCUCCAAAGGGAGUACUUUCCUGCCAGUGAAGUGGAUGGCGCCAGAGAGUAUUUUUGACAACAUGUACACCAGUCUCAGCGAUGUUUGGUCAUACGGCAUCCUGCUCUGGGAGAUAUUCUCCUUAGGUGGCACCCCAUACCCAGGGAUGGUCGUGGAUUCAAGCUUCUACAACAAGAUCAAGAGUGGAUUCAGGAUGUCCAAACCAGAGCACGCACCUGAUGACGUGUAUGAGAUGAUGAUGAAGUGCUGGAACAGCGAGCCGGAGAAGAGGCCGACUUUCCUGGGUCUGAGUGAAACUGUUUCCACUUUGCUGCCCUCCAACUACAAGAAGCAUUAUGAGAGGGUGAACCAUGACUUCCUGAAGAGCGACCACCCCGCUGUGACUCGGGUUUGCGUGGAAAACGACGACGCCUACAUCGGCAUCACCCAAAAGAGCCAGGGCAAGCUGAAGGACAGGGAAAGCGGCUUCGAUGAGCAGCGGCUGAGCUCUGACAGCGGCUACAUCAUCCCCCUGCCAGACCUGGACCCCUUAUCUGACGAUGAAUAUGGCAAGAGGAACAGACACGGCUCUCAGACCUCCGACGAGAGCGCCAUUGAGACGGGCUCCAGCAUCUCUACUUAUGCUAAGCGCGAGGGUGAGACUCUGGAGGACAUCACGCUGCUGGAUGAGAUGUGUCUGGACUGUAGUGACCUGGGGGAGGAUAGCUUCCUGUGACAACUACCCAGCCUGUGGAGUAGAAGCAGCAAGAAAACGGGUGUUAGGACACAGGAAACUAGAGAAACACUAAAUCAACUAAAGACUGGCUGGUGACCCUCUAUCCCCUCCAUUCCUUCUCCCUGACCGCCCGUUCAGAGGACAGAAAAAACCACUUCACUGUUUGGAUGAGUCUGUGGUGACAGCACGGUACGCGCUUUACUUCUCCCUGGACACUGCCCCCUGUUGGGCUGGAGGAGUGAGCGAGCAUUAAUGAGAACAUGACAUCAAGGACUCAAAGAACCACCGAGCCUGUGUGUUGGACAUAUCUAGAUAAAAAAAGAUUGUGUUUUUAGUUAGCAGAGCUUUAUUCUCGGGCAUUCUCUGAACAGCAAUAUAAGCAAGAAGGGACGAUUUCAACAAAAUGGACAGCAACUCUAAAUGAACACCACAGGAUAUAUCGUUCAAUAGGAUAUAUUUAACCACUACUGAUGCACUAAAAUAAACGAGUCCAAUACUAGCAACAGCAUUGGCAGGUAAACUGACUUCACACUCACUCACUACAAGAUAAGCACCUGAUGCUGGCACAAUCGGUAGCAAAACUCAGAUUUGAAAGCACAAAAUCUGGACAUUGUUUUUUGUACAUGACUAUAUUCUUUUUUCAAUAUGUGCGGUAAUUCAAAUUUAUUUUUGUACCUCAUCAUUAUGUAAACAUGUAUUAUUUGUGAAUAACGAGUAGAUGUUGACCAUAGCUGUUUGAAUGGUUAUGAGAAUAGAGCUUUUGAGUACAUGCAUCUUUGCGGUGUCUCAUCUUUUGCCCAAAUACAACAUAAUGUUCUCAAAUAAUGAUCAUCAUCCCUGAUAAGGACUUCAGUCAUAUGUGUCAUAUGGGCUUUGAAAAACAAAACGAAGUGUGAUUGUAUUGUAAAUAGAUCGAGAGUUGUUUUAUAAGAGAGACUUAUUUGGAAACAGUAUUUUAUAUAAGCACAUAUUAAGCGUCUGCACCCAAACUCAGCCCCGUGGAGCCAAUGGUUUGGAUGAAUCCAUUAAAACAAAAUAAAUAUCACUCUUAAUAAAAGGAAAAACUAUGGAAACAUUUGCUAAAAUAGCAUCAUAUAGUCUGAAAAUAUUACAAAUAUUCAUAUUUUCCAAUGUGUUCAAGUAUGAUAUGGAGAGUUAUCAAUUUAAAUAAUUUUAAAAAGGGAAAAUUAAAGCAAUCAAAGAGAAACCCAGCUCAUCAUGUCAAUGAACACGGCAAAAUAUAUAUAUAUAUCUCCAAUAGCUUCACUAGCAGCUGUGUCCUCCUGUCUCAUAUUUUAUCUAAUGUCCUGACGUCUAUUAGCAGGUUAGUUAUAAUAAGACACUAGAUGGACUAGAGAUUUAUGUUGAUCUGAUGUUAUACAUCAGUUAUGUGUAGACUGUGUAAUCCUCUCUAUCUUCCAGCUACUGUACCAGCUGUGCCACUGCCUUUGCCUCUUCCUGUUGACUGUGAUAUAAUCUGCAAUCAUUUGUUGCACUUUUUGCUUUUUCCAUAUUGUUUUGGAUGUUGCAGUAAAAAAAACGAGAAAAAAGUACUUCAGAAAGGUCUUGCUUUGGCUUUAGAUGUGUAAAGCUGUGUGGAUGUGAAUGUUUGUGCAGCAGGUGAGUGAUUUGUUGUUGACGGUACAGUAUCUGUAACUAUAGGUAAUCACACCCAAUAUGUCGAUUUAAUACUGUGUUUCAUUAUGUUACACCAUGUACAUUCAGAUGAUUUAUAUUUCAAUAAAUGAUUUAUAAUGUAAAAA